UUUCUUACAACGCAGACACACAGAGCAGAAACAUAGUACAGUGCUACAUUAGAGACAUAGAAAACAAGACAAUGGCGAAAACACCAGAAACUGAGCACCCUCAAAAGGCUUUUGGCUGGGCUGCAAGAGAUUCUUCUGGAAGUCUCUCUCCCUUCAAUUUUUCUCGCAGAGAACUUGGUUCUGAAGACGUGUUGAUCAAAAUUCUUUACUGUGGAGUAUGCCACUCUGACUUGCAUGCUGCAAAAAAUGAAUGGGGGUUCACAAAUUACCCAAUUGUACCAGGACAUGAAAUUGUUGGUCUUGUCACCAAGACUGGGAGCAGUGUCCAGAAAUUCCAAGUUGGUGAUCGAGUUGGAGUUGGGGUGAUUGUAGGUUCCUGCAAGACAUGCGACAUCUGCCAACAAGACUUGGAGAAUUACUGUCCUAAAGUGAUAUUAACCUACAACUCAAAAGAUCAAGAUGGCACAAAGACAUAUGGAGGUUAUUCAGAUAUUGUGGUGGUUGACCAACGCUUUGUGCUUCGAUUUCCUGAUAACUUACCUGCUGAUGCUGGGGCACCUCUUCUGUGUGCUGGGAUCACUGUCUACAGCCCAAUGAAAUACUAUGGAAUGACUGAGCCUGGCAAGCAUUUGGGUGUUGCUGGGCUUGGUGGUCUUGGACAUGUCGCUGUGAAACUUGCAAAAGCUUUUGGGCUUAAGGUUACUGUCAUAAGUACCUCCCCAAAGAAGGAGGUAGAGGCCAUUGACAGGCUUGGUGCUGAUUCUUUCCUCCUCAGCUCUGAUCCAGAAAAGUUUAAGGCUGCUAUAGGUUCAAUGGAUUACAUCAUUGACACCAUUGCUGCUGUUCACCCUUUGGCUCCAUUGGUAAGCUUGCUGAAGAUGAAUGGAAAGCUUAUUACUGUUGGCCUGCCUGAUAAGCCCCUAGAGCUGCCUAUCUUCCCUUUAGUUCUGGGAAGGAAACUUGUCGGGGGAAGUGAUAUUGGAGGCAUGAAAGAGACACAGGAGAUGCUGGAAUUUUGUGCAAAGCACAACAUUGCUGCUGACAUUGAACUUAUCCGCAUGGAUCAAAUUAACUCAGCAAUGGAACGGCUCGCCAAGUCUGACGUCAGGUAUCGAUUCGUGGUUGACGUGGCGAAUUCUCUGGCCAGUCCCUAAGUGACUGAUAAAUUGCUAUAAGGCCUCUGUUGUUGCUGUGUAUUGGAACUCUCUUGGUUUGAAGUAGUAGUUCGAACUUGAUGUCAAAGGGAAACAAAUGAAUUCCCUCCAAUGGAAAUGCUCCAUUUGCUCUUGAAUCUGAUGUCAAUAACAGUUGUUGCAUAAAAAAAUAAUGGAAAGACCGCCUGGCUUGGCUUUCCCUGUUGUUUCUUCA